AUGUCCGCUAAAGCUCAAGCUGCUGCAAACACACUCGCCCAGGGCCAAAAGAAGGAAGUCACAAAGACACGCAACUUCACAAAGUUCGGCAAGAACGCUGCUCAAGUUGUUCCAAGACGCCCAGCAUUCGAGCACAAGGCUGUUAAGCCAGUUUCUCUCAAGCACAAUGACUACAAGAUCAUCCGUGGCCCAGUUACAUCCGAUAAGUCUACAGUCAAGAUCGAGAAUGAGAACACAAUGACUUUCUGGGUUGAUAUCAAGGCCACAAAGACAGAAAUUGCUGCUGCUUUCAACCGCCUUUACAAGGUCAAGCCAGUCAAGGUCUGCACAGUCAUCACAUCCAAGUUUGUUAAGAAGGCUUACAUCCGCCUUCCAGCUAAUGUUGAGGCUAUGAACAUCGCUACAGAAAUUGGCUUCGCAUAA